AUGUCAUCCGUCAUCGACGAAAACUCGCGUAAACAUAUCGUUUGCGACAAGAACGAGCGUGGUCGACGCAAGAACGGGAUCAAUACCAACGGAAAAGCGAUCGAUAAGCGUAAAACCAAUGGCUCGAUAAAGACGCUCGAGCGAUUUGGCGUCACGGAUUCGUCGCGUCGCGCGCCGUCGUCCGUGCACAGAAAGACACCGAAACGGGCUAAAGUGUGGAUACGCGGUAUGCCUCUAGACGACUCGGAGGAGGGCGAGAUCGGUGCACGAACGAAGACGGACGCGGACGUUUUCGACCUCAGUGGAGUUAGCGUUGGUUGGCGAAGCGACUCAAAGCCGUCGACGUCGAAUCGAAAGCUCGAGACGGACUCACACAAGCUGAAACAGCGACAGAGGCAGAUUGAUUACGGGAAAAACACGCUCGGGUACGCGCGGUACGUGGAGUUGGUGAAGAAGAGCGAGAGGAAAUCGUGCCACGCGUGGACGCCGGAUAUUCAUGCAGCUUUGAGCAAGCGUGCGUUUGAUGGCGUUGUGCGCAAGUGGCGCAGACUUCUGCACGAGUACGAUCCACCGGUGGAGAACGAGGAUGAAAUGUUAGCUGUACCGGUCGACCCGUUGACGCGGCCGCAGGGGCACCUGAAGCCUGGAGAGUAUGUCCCGCAUGAGCUCGCGGAGCUCGCCGAGCAAAGACGCCGGGCAAAGGAUGAGGCAGAGUCGGCGAUUCGCGAGGGGCGGCGACUUCCAGUUGAGCGACUGGCGCCGCUUCGAGCUAAAGACGUGUCGGUUAAGCCGACGUCCAGGUUAGAUGCGUCGCUUCCGCGAACGGCGGACAUGUCCCCGGGAUGGGACGCCGUGACGCCGACGCCGUUCAAGCGCGCGGGUCUCAGCGUGUCUCGAUUCAAUGCCGACGCCGACGUCGAUAUGAUGGAUAUGGACUGCGACGUCGGGGGAGCGCGAACCGAUCCCGAAUCCACGACGAAACCGCGAUCGAUAUACGACGAUUGGGAGGGCGAAGACUUUGCGGGAGUCAUUUGA